AUGGCGGCGGCGGAGAACGCCGGGGACGUGGCGGCGGGGGAGAGCCGCAAGCUGUUCGUGGGUGGCAUCCCGUCCUCAGCGCAGGAGACGGAGCUGCGGGGCCACUUUGCCCGCUUCGGUGCGGUGCGCUCAAUCGUCGUGAUGCGGGACAAGGAGUCGGGCCACGGCCGCGGGUUCGGGUUCGUCGAGUUCGAGGACGAAGAAGCGGCCGCCAAGGCGCUCGGCGAUGGGGAGAGGCCCAAGCACUUCAUCUGCGGCCGACUGGUGGACGUUAAGAGGGCGCGUGCUCGACCUCCGCGGAACUUGGGCGAGCAACCUGUGCAUCAGCAUCAGCAUCAGCUGGAACAGGGUCCGGUUCAGGGUCACCAAGAAGCUGGGGACAGUACCGAGGCCAGUAGUGACAGUAUGAGCUAUGCUUCAAAGAAGGUAUUCAUUGGUGGUUUGCGUGACAACAUCACAGAGGAGGAGUUCAGAGCUUACUUUGAGGCGUUUGGCACUGUAACAGAUGUUGUUGUGAUAUACGACAGCCUGACAAGCAGGUCAAGGGGUUUUGGUUUUGUCACCUUUGAUUCCGAGGAAGCUGUGAGAAAGGUGAUGGGGCAAAGCUUUCAUGACUUGAAAGGGACAAGGGUGGAAGCAAAGAUCGCUAUCCCCAAGGAUGCUCAGUAUUACCGUAAUGGCCGAGGUCGUGGCUCAAGAACCUUUGGCGGAAGGGGUCCUGUUGGCUUUGAUGAUUCGACAUACCAACCGUACAAUAACCGACAUGGUUUCUACAAUGGCUAUAUGCCACAACCUGUUCCCACACAUCCCUACUAUCAUGGCCUCUAUUUUGGUAUGGGAGGCAAUCCCUAUGCAAAUGCAUAUCCAAACCAUGCAGUCAUGGCAAAUGUUCCAAACAUGGUGGCAAGGCGUCCAGUAUAUAGCCCAUAUCCCCCAAUGUAUCCUGGCUAUGGUUUUGCAUACAGAAGUGGUUAUGCGGGUGCUGCGCCUUCUGUUCAGUAUGGCGUUAAUGGUGGCAGAGAUUACAUGAAUGACCAAGACUCUAUGGAUGUACAAGAACUUGACAGCACUGCUACCAUUGCUACAAAGUUUGAAUACAUGAAGCUAGGUUCACAAUGA